UCUGCUUCUGAAGUUUUGACAGGUGUUAACUUUUUGCUUCUGAGCAAUACAGAGGAUGCAGUUUGUGUACAGUAACCACACAUUUCAGUUUUUCACAUGAUUUCAGGUGGACCAACACUCUUCCCCGCCCCCCCACACCCACUCCCCAAAACUUCCAGGAUACUGACAUGUGCCAGUUUUUCAUUUUAUCAAAAAUGACUGGGGGUUUUUUGUUUGCAGUUAUUUAAAAAACAAACAAGCAACCAAACUAUUUAAGAUAUAUUGCUACAAAGAGAAGAAUAUGCUCUCUGUUUACCAGGGACAGUCGCUAGUGCAGUGAGUGCUUAGUGUCAUUAGCAGGGACUGAAGUGAAGUGAAGAGAAAAGCAAAGCUGAAUAAGUAUAGACAUUACCAAAGCUGCUUUUUUAUUUUGCUUCAAAUGCAUGUCAGUGACACCCACUCAGCAUUUCAUGUUAAACAUAGAUACUAAGUUACUGGAGGAAAACCCUCUUUAUGCUGAGAAAUUCACACAUGUUGCUGCUGAGUCAGAAGCCAGGCAGUCAACACCUGCAGACAUUUAGGGCUUGGCUACACUUGCAAGUUAAAGUGCAUUAAAUCAGCUCCGGGCGCCAUAACUCCUGAGGUGUCCACACUGGCAAGGCACAUAGAGCACCCGGACUCUGCGGCUGGAGCACUCCUGGAAAUCCACCUCCACGAGAACAGAGCUUGCUGUGCCCCGGCGCCAGUGUGGAUGCCCUGGUCUAUAAUGCACUCUGAUCAGCCUCCAGGAAGUGUCCUGCAAUGCCUGUUCUAGCCACUCUGGUCAUCACUUUGAAUUUUACUGCCCUGCCCUCAGGUGACCAACUGUCAGACCCGCCCUUUAAAUUCUCUGGGAAUUUUGAAAGUCCCCUUCCUGUUUGCUCAGCAAGGCAUGGAGUGCUCGCCGCAUCUGUCCAGAUGACCUUGCCUCCACCCGCUAGGCGAUCCCCAGUAUGGAGCAAUGGCGAGGUGCUGGACCUCAUCAGUGUUUGGAGGGAGGAAGCUGUCCAGUCCCAGCUGCGCGCCAGCCGUAGGAAUUACGAUACCUACGGGCAGAUAUUAAGGGCCCUGAUAGAAAGGGGCCAUGACUGGGACACACUGCAGUGCAGGGUUAAAGUGAAGGAGCUGCGGAACACCUACCACAAAGCGCAGGAGGCAAACAGCCACUCCGGUGCUGCCCCCGUGACCUGCCGGUUCUACAAAGAGCUGGACAAGAUACUUGGGGCCAACCCCAGCUCCACUCUGAAGAACGCAUGGGACACUUCAGAGGCUGUGGCAGCCCAGAGUGCAAAAAGGCAGGAGGAGGAAAGCGGGAGCGAGGGUGCUGAGAAGGAGAGGAACCCAGAACCAGAGGAUGGCCCAGCAUCCAUAGAUGCAUGCAGCCAGGAGCUGUUUUCAAGCCAGGAAGAAGAUGCAACCUUGAGAUCCCAGCCGUCCCUGUUAUCAAUGGCUGAAAUCCUGCAAAGACUCAGGAAGCGGCCGCAAAGAAGCAAGGAAGACCUUCUGCAUGAAGUCAUGCAGCUGUCCCUUACUGAAAAUCAAAAGCUACAGAAGUAGUGGGAGACCAAAAGGAGGGUCCACCAGGAGAAUGCGGAUCACCAGCAACAAACCACAGAGCAGCACCUAAGCAUUAUGGAGCGCCAAGUGGAUUUGAUGCAGGCGCUCGUAGCUCUGCACACGGAGUAGAUCCGCACCUACCCACCCCUGCAGCCCUUGUCCCAGAACUCUUUCCCUUGCACCCCCCAUGUCACCGCCAAGCCAGUUUCCCCAACAUCCUGUUUCUUAUCACCACCAGCUGCCUCCAACACCUGUAGCUUCACCGCCCAGCCCUGCAGACUACAAUCCUUACCCACUGCACUCAACCCCCAUCACCAUGCAUUUUAGCCAGCCUGCAGUGCA